GUCGCGCCACCGGAGCGUGUUUCAGCCGGGGCACUUCCGGCGCGACCGGCCUAGUACUGCACCCUCCUAGCGGCCGCUGCGCCCCGCUAAUUACCUAGCACCUGCUGCUGCCCUCCCGGCCACGCCAUGGAGCGUCUUGAUAAAGCGGCGCUGAACGCGCUGCAGCCUCCAGAGUUCAGAAAUGAAAACUCUUUAGCUGCGACCCUGAAGACACUCCUGUUCUUCACGGCUUUAAUGAUCACAGUUCCUAUCGGGUUGUAUUUUACAACUAAAUCUUAUAUAUUUGAAGGUGCCCUUGGAAUGUCCAAUAGAGACAGCUAUUUUUAUGCUGCAAUUGUUGCUGUUGUUGCUGUUCAUGUGGUUCUGGCCCUGUUUGUCUAUGUGGCCUGGAAUGAAGGCUCACGACAGUGGCGUGAAGGCAAACAGGAUUAAAGUGAACAUCACCUUUUGAUAGCAUGAAAUUUAUUUUUUGAAUAUGUUAAAUAAUUGUGGGAUAUUGAUAAUAAAUACAUUCGUUUGAAUAAAAUUAAAAGAACAUGGUAAAAUCAAGUCUUAAAGAGUCAGUCGCAUUUGGCUAAAUUUUGACCCACCCAAUAAUAUGGUUACUUUGAACUUUGAAUCUCCAUUUGCAAAUGAAAAUUUGGGAAAGUUGGAUAGGUACAGAUAUAUAUGUUAAAUGAGUUAUUGCUUAUCCUAGCAAGAAUUUACAUAUCUUACAAUAACAAAAAAUUAUAGUGAUUUGGCUUAUACUUGCUUUUCAGUUUUAUUUAUUUGGAUAUAUUAAGAAAUACUUAGUAAAGCAAAUCUAAAUUUCCAUUUUUACUGAAGGACUUCCCUGGAAAAUACCAGGCAGGCUCUUGGGUUUGAGAUUCUACUUUUCCUAAAAGUUACUUACAUUGUAGGCAUUUUCAUUAUUCUGACUUUUUAGUCAGUGAGGAAAGAUCGCUCUCACAUUCCAUUAUUUUGUGGGGAAAGUCACUGAAAUCACACUAUUCAUGCAAAAGGACUUAGGGUUACUGAGAGCAGAGGACUGGGCUGACUGUCAGCAUUGUAUCACACUAACAUUGUGCCCUCAUUUUGCCUUGAAAUUAGGUUUCAGUUGCAAAGGUUAUCGAAAUCCCAUUUAAUGUGUUGUCCUAGUUUAAAAUGGUAAAUGAUAAGUUUUAGAAUACCGAAAUGUUCAGCAUCCAUACACUGAGAAUAUACAGUCUUAAACAUCACAAUUCUUAGGAGGGGUUCUUGAAGGUUUUUGUCUGUUAAUCUUUUUUAUGACAGCUAAGUUACAUCCUGAGCAUAGAUUACAUCUUAAUAUAAUCCUUGAAGUCUUUUUUGAUGAGAACAACCCUGUCCCAGAAAAAAAGCCCAGUUACCUUGGUACCUUCAGUCUAUGGUCAGACAAACCACUUGAUACUGUGUGUGUGUGUGUGUAUAUAUAUAAACACUGUCCCCCAAAUAUUUAUUUCCAAUUAAAAGAACAUAAUAUAUUCUGUAAAACACUGGAAAAUACAUAUAAAAAUUUAAGAGUAAAAAUUUGCCCAUAAUGUUACUACUUGCAGAUUAUCAGUAGUGUAGUUCACAACCCCUGUACAGUUUGAAUGAUGUUUCUUAAUGCUGGUUACAUAUAUACUAAAACCUUGUUUUAAAUUUAGAUCUUGUCAACUUCACCAAAGAGCUGUUUGCGGUUUUUCAGAUGUGUGAUAAUUGCCCAUUGUCUUAUAAAGCAUAUACUAUUUUUAUUAUUUUAACAUUCCCAUUUCAAUGUUUUUACCAUAAAGAAAUAUAAAAGUCUGAGGUGAUAACCCAGUUUAAAUACUAUAUAACAUGCAUAUCUCAAAAUAUAUGGCACCCAUAAGCAUGUAUGCUCCUUGUUUUUAAUAUAUCAAUUAAAUUGAAUUGUAAAAAUGAAGAAAGUUCAAACACUUGUUAUUGGUAAUCCUAAUAUAACGAAUGGCCCCUACUUAAAUAUUUGCCAUUAUUGAUUUGUUGGCUUGCUGUCAUUUUCAUGGUGUGGAACUAGACUAGAAAUAGGUGAUUAGGCAUAAAAAUCUGUGCUUGUGUUAUAUUAUUGUUGCAAAAACAAGAUUAAUGUGAUUAUUAAAAGAUUGUUCUUAAUUCUUUAAUGGUUAUGUGUAGUUUAAAUAUAUUUAAAACUGAGUAUUCUAACUGUGAGAGUCUUAUUUUGUAAAGUCUGCAGUUUUUAGUAUUAUGCUAUUUGCGUCUUAGACAUUAUGUGCUUGAUUUCUAGUUAGUUUUCUUAUUAGGUGGCCUAUUGUAUUUAGAAUUGUCCACUCAGUUUCUUUUUGUGUAAUGCCAAGGCUUCUUUUCUUGUAUUUUAGGAAUAUUGUACUAUUUGUAAAAUAUACUGUUGGAUUACUUUGUUUUAUUUCAAACAUUUGUUAACUAAUGGUACAGGUCUUUUUAAAAAGUCUUUUAACCAGGGAUACAUGUAAACACAUGUAGUUUUCCCUUGGGAAUAAAGUAUAAUGUGUUUGAAAAUUAAAA